CGCGGCGGCCGUCCUUGAGAGCGCGGAGCCGGCGGAGCGUGCGGCGGUGCGGGUCCGCGGCGGCCGCGUCAUGGCGCGCGUCCUCCUCGAUCAGUACUGGGCCAUCCCGGAGGGCACCGAGUGCCACCGCAAAAGCUACAUCACCACGGUCCUCGGCGCCGGCACGGGCCUGGUCGCCGGAGCCUACAGCAUCAUAUUCAGGCCGUCGAGCUCGCCCAUGGAGAACGUGGCCAGGGUUGGUCGCUACACCUUUACUGCAGCUGCCGUUGGAGCCAUGUUUGGACUCACCACCUGCGUCACCAGCCAGGCCCGCGAGAAGCCAGACGACCCCCUGAACUACUUCAUCGGGGGCUGCGCCGGAGGCCUGACCCUGGGAGCUCGGACCCACAGCUACGGGACGGCCGCGACGGGCUGCGUGUGCAUGGGCAUCGCGGCCGCCCUGCUCAAGAUGGGCCAGCUGGAGGGCUGGGAGCUGGUGGCGGACAGGAAGGUGUGAGUCCGCCAGCCAUCCGCCCUCCGGGACCUGGGGAGGGCCAGCGAGCCCACCAAUAAACUUAAUGUGGACUGUG